AUGUUGUCUUCUCCAGAGUUUGAGCUGGAAUUCGGCGAUACUAUGCUGAAUGUGACCAUGAUGGAGUCAUUGGUGCAUGGAAUUUACACUAUGGUAGUUGUGUUUACUCUAUGGAUGAUAGCUGGGACUGAGAAACACAGGGCACAAAUCUUUAUGUGCGCUGUGAUUGUUGCAAUGUACCUUAUCGCCACCACGCACUUGACAGUUCGGUCGUGCUAUGUCCAAGGAGCAUUCAUCAGUCAUGGCCAAACGGACGAGACACAAUUUGAUUAUCUGUUCAAUGUGCCGAAAUGGAUGCUUAUCAGCUCCGUCUCAUUUAUUCUCAACAUGAUCAUAGCCGACUUUUUCCUAUAUGUAUCAGCAAGCGACGACGCCGCUACCAGGGAGCACAUGGAGCGCAGCUCAGAUCGACUGGCUCCUGCCGUAUAUGUGUAUAUCGGUGGCGGUAACCGUUGGUUGCACCACGCUUAUCGUCUUCAGGAUUUGGAAUGUGCAUCGCAGAACGGAUAA